AUGUCGAUUGAUGAAAACAGUACGUCUAAUUUUACUCAAGUAUUAUCAAACCUAUUUGGAGAAAUGCUUCUAGCAACUGAAGUUUCAGACGAUAAUAAUACAGAUAUUGACUUAUCCCAAUUUAUAACCGCGUUAAAAGAACAUUCUUAUAAGAGCACCAACGAUGGCAUGGAUUUUGGUGCUUUAGUCAAAUUGGUGGACGGCUGGAGGAGUAAAUUAAACUUGACGAAACAUAUGGAUACAACAUCGUGUAAUUAUUGCGAAGGCGGUUUCCGGGAAUUCAUCCUCGCCUACAACAGCGUUCACGGCUAUGUCAGCCUAAUCGUAUGCUUUUUCGGUAGCUUGGCGAAUGCUCUAAAUGUUGCUGUGUUGACGAGACGUGACCUGGCCGCGGCUCCAAUCAACCGCUUGCUGAAGUGGCUCGCGGUCGCUGACGUCUUUGUGAUGAUGGAGUACGUGCCCUUUGCCGUAUACAGAUAUUUUGUACGUAAAUUAACAGCAUGUGCAGCUUCCCGUACGGUCACAGACAGGGCAAGCGGGGUUCAUCGCGCUGCACUACUUUGUAUAGACUGGAAAAUGGCUUCGAAUAGACAAGUAGUUAGCGUAGAUCAACCAAAUGCUGAAUCUAUUCUACUCGACUGGCUAAAUGACGAAGAUUGUACCGACGAUGAAUCUCAAUCACUUGAACCAUCUCGAGCUGUGAUACCUGAAGAACUAUUAUCCGACUCUGAAGAUGACUGUAUACCUUCUGAUCACGACUCGGACUCAGAGUGUUCAGUUAACUAA